CCCGACAUUCGUGAAGAUAUACAAGAACAAAUCAACAGAAGAUUUCCAGUCGAUACCGUAUUCAGUUGCACUGUUCAGUUCGAUGCUGUAUUUGUAUUACGCCAACAUCAAGAAAAACAUGGUGCUAAUCAUUACCAUCAACAGCUUCGGAAUCGCAAUCGAGACGAUAUAUCUCGCGGCCUUCAUGCUUUAUGCCGCCAAAGACGCCCGGAUUUUCACAUUCAAAGUGUUAGUUUUGUUUAACUUUGGAGCAAUGGGGGUUGCCGUGGGACUGACUUACAUGCUUUUGGAUGGGCACUUGCGAAUCACAAUAGUUGGAUGGAUAUGUGCAAUCUUCUCCAUCUGCGUCUUUGCAGCUCCUCUUAGUAUUAUGAGAAAAGUUAUAAGGACAAAGAGUGUAAAAUACAUGCCAUUCACUUUGUCCUUGGCCCUCACUCUUAGUGCCAUUGUAUGGCUUCAAUAUGGCCUUCUUAUCCAUGAUUACUACGUUGCGAUGCCAAACGUGUUGGGGUUUAUUUUUGGAAUGGCUCAAAUGAUCUUGUACGCCAUUUAUAAAAAAACACCGAGUAGGACGAGGGGAGUAUUGCAGCAGCAGCACCCACCGCAGCCCACAAUAGACAGCAAAAAUGGAGAUGAUAUCACCGUAACGGUUGACGACAUGAACGAAGCAGUGGAGAUGAUGCAGCUUGAAAGUACUGCCAAAGGUGGAGGGGAAAACGAUGAGGGGAGUCAUAUUCGUAAUAAUGAUGACGACAUUAUUACCACUGCUGCUUAAUAGAUCCCCAACCCAUCAUCUAAAAGCUAAGAGCGAGGAAACUAUAUAUUCCGUACUACUAUGUGCUACAUGUUCUGUUUCCCGCCCUAUUUCCAUUAUAAAUAUACUAUGCAAUAAUAGACAUAAUGUUUC